AUGGCGCAAUUCGGAUUCCACACUACCUCUGAUCAGGCUGCAGAAGCUCUAAAUGCGUCGAUUCGCAACAAGACUAGUAAGUUUCAGACUAAAUUCCCCGGAAGUCUCGGUGCAGAUACCGCGCGCGCCCUGGUGGCUCACCAACCAGCGCAGCUGAUCCUUGCGAGCCAAAGCGAGAAGAUUUGUGAUGUUAUCGCCUCUCUGGACAUACCGUCUGAGAUAGUCGUCCGAGCACUCUGCCUGGACCUCUCAUCCCUUGAAACAGUUCGCGUUGCGGCGGCGCAGGUGUCGGAAUGGGUAGCUUCUAUUGAUGUCCUGAUCUGCUCCGCUGGUAUCAUGGCGACUUCGACCUACCAGACUUCCAUGGACGGCUUCGAGCUGCAGUUUGCAGUCAACCACCUGGGCCACUUCCUCUUCGCCAACCUACUUAUUGAAAAGCUUAUGGCUGCGCCCGGUGGUCCAACAGUGGUGAACUAUACCAGCGAGGCGCACUCGCGCGCGCAAAUGGAUUUCUUGGACGACCUGUCUUAUGGCAGUCAUGGCGGUAAUUACAACAAGUGGCUAGCUUACAGCAAUUCCAAGGCCUACAACAUUCUUUUCUCGGUGGGUUUGGUCCAGAGGUUUGGCGUGCAAGGCCUCCGAUCCUUCGGUGUUGACCCGGGUAUCAUCGUGACGACUUCGUUGACGCGUAGUGUCCCACCAGAGGACUUCAUCGCUCUAGAUGAAAAAGGAUAUUUCGUCGCCGAUGGCAUUCUUUCUAAUAGUGGCCUAAACCAUGAUGCCGUGGACCCAGAUAUGGCGAAUAAGCUAUGGGAAUUAAGCGAGAAGUUGACAGGACUGGUAUCAGAAUGA